AUGUAUUCAGUGGACACCGAUGCACGCAAUGACCAAGAUGUAGAGCGCAACAUCACCGCCACUUGGACUCAGAUUGCCAACAUUCCAGCAGCCAGCAUGCGCAGCGUUUUGCAAGAAAACAUGCAGGCUAAUCAUGCAGACCAACACAGACUGUUCCAUUCAAACGCGGCUUUCUACAGCGUUCAUAUUGAGGCUGCCACCCUGGUGGCGGAAGAGAUCGAAUUCCUGGGUGGCAAAGCCAUUCUGGAGAAUAUCUUCGCCAGGCCAACAUCUGUGCGUGACAGCCCUGACAGUGGAAUUGUCAUGGAACAGGUGGAUGUGGCCUUCGUCUUGGCACCCUGGACGCCCUCGGAGAAGCGCAUCUCGAGGCUCAUCAACUUUGUCGAUCAAGGUGGUGGUGCAGUGCUGCUCUCCUUCAUUGGUGGCCUGAGUAAGGGGGUUUGGCGAGAUUUGGAGUAUGAGCCACUGAUCACCGGCAAAGUUGGGGAUGAGACACCCUAUGAGGACGUGUAUUUAUCGAGUCCAACCUUCGCAUCCUUGGACGUGGGCACGAAGCGCAGCCAGGAUACAUUGAGCCGUCCUCGAAUCCUUUGCGGAGUUGACUCCAUCAAUGGGUGCUUUGGUUGCACCAACCGACCAGCUUUUCGUGGUCAAGUUGUAGAAUCAAGAAUUAACUACUCUCAUGCAGGUCAACUACACUGCACCAAUGAUCUAUCAUGA